AAACAAAAGUCUCAGAAGAAUCAAAGAGAUAUCUCUGAAGAUUUUCAAGAAGUAGAAUUGGAACCAAAGUUUCUACGACAUGUCUUUCGGAUUUCCUACUUUUCAUCCAACUAGGUAAGCCUUUCAAAAUUGUAAGUUUCCUUCGCUGCAAGUAAUUGAGUUAUCAGUAUCUAGGAGUAAUUUUGUUUCCACAUCGUUUUUUAGGGUCUAACACAGCUUUUUUUGGUAUACAGUAUAAUGGACUCUCUGAAAUUGGUUAAACGGAUACAGUGUUUUCUUUAGGUUUGGAUAUGUUGAAAACAAAUUAGUGGGUUAUUUUGGUUUAUAACCGAUCAAGGUAAAACGAAGAAUUAGAAGGGAGAGACGGCGAGGGGGGGGGAGUAUGGCGCGGAAAAUGCAGCGAAGUGCACUAGUGUUCUUCCCUGGUUUGGCCUCAAUCCAGCUUUUCAGUGCACAGCUGUUUUAUAGAAAGCUAAUGACAUUCCUCCUUGCAAAUUACUUUUCCAAAAAUUACUAUCCGAAAAAAAGACCACUAGAGAAUACCGACCUGCCAGACAAGUAACACCCCGAACCGCUCUGAUUAGCUUACUUUUUCUUAUGACCUUAUCCACACUUGACUGUUUGUACGUUUGUUCUGUUUGUUCCACGUUAUGCGCAUAUCUUUUGGUUAGUUCAUUGACAUCUUUGAGGGCCACAAGUUUUCAGUUUUUAACUGGCUGUCGUCACGCUCUGUAACGAAAGUUGAUUAUGAUCAGAGAUCAUGAUAUUAAUUAUGGUUAUGAUUAUGAUUCGGUCCUAGAAACCCUUACCUUAGCUUACACUAAAAACCUUGCAACUUCGCCCAAUUUCUGUCGCUAGGGUCAGGGAAAUAAGAUCAGCCUGAUGAGCUCAGUUAGGCGAUUUAGGAACUGGAUGCGCGAUAAGCCUGAAUAUCCUCACAGCAGAGUGCCUUAAAGCUUCCUAUUCUUUCUCUUCUUUAUUUCAGACAUUUUCCGGUCCUACUUUAUUCGUUAAUGCUUAAAGCAAAACAAAUUUAACAUUACAUAUGUAUCAUCACCACUGAUUUGCAAACGCGACAAACCCAAUGUUCUGUUCUGCCAGCGUCAGACAGACAGGCGUUUAAAUUCGGCAAUUCAAAAUUUCACGGAAACAUUUUGAUUUACCCUGUAAACAAAAUCCGACUUGCAAAUUGUUAAGACAACUGAAAUGUUUUGGUCCAGUUAGUCUCGCCAACUUCAGGCAAAAUAACAAUUUUCUUUUGUUUUAAUUUCAGCUACAACAGCUUCUUCAAUCAAGUUGUCCCAGGUUAUGGGUUUUUGCAAGAUUUAUGGAGGGACACAGCUCUCUUCUGCGAGGAACAGGCUCGGCAGAAGAAACUAACGAAGACAUAUUCGGGCUGGCAUGGUUUUUAAUCAUCAUACAAACAUGUUCCAAUGCGUCAAGUACCGAUUAAAAGAAAUAUUUUACACUUUAGUUAAAAUGUAUAUCAGAUC